ACCCGUAUGGUUAUCUUUUAUUCAUCGAGACUGAAAGCUUGCCUCCCUCGUGACUCACCGUGUCCAGAGUUGCGACGCCACCACCAAACAGCCACCUUAUUGCCCACCGCUUAAAUCACUCUUCUGGCACGUAGAUAACUCUUUGGAAGCACCUGACGAGUGCGCUAUCAUUCUCUCCAUCAUCCUUCGUCGUCUUCGUCGAGAAAGGGUUUGAUAUGUCAUCUCAAUUAACGCCUUCAAAGAGGGGCCUUGAUGAGGGUGAGGCCUCAGAAGCCAAUGGAAAAGGGAAGUUGCAGAAGUCAACUGAUACUACUUCCCAAAAUACAUCAUUUAUUGUUUUUCGGGUGGUUUGUCCUGCUUCUAAAACUGAAAGUGUAAUCGGAAAAGAAGGCAACAAGAUACGUGGUGCAAAUGUCAGGGUUGAGGAAACGAUCCCUGGCUGCAAUGACAGAGUAAUUGUGAUUGAAGGAUCUGAUGGAAUCUCAAAUGAUCAGAAGAAGGAAGCUGAUGAUGCAGAAGAACAUGAGGAAGAUAUGGCUUCUUGUGUGCAGAAGGGUCUGUUAUGUGUGUUUGAAAGAAUGGUGGAAGGAGAAGCAGAGAUGAAUGAAGAAACAUUUGUUGUGAGGCUACUUGUAGUUUCUACUCAAGUGGGCUGUCUUUUGGGAAAAUCUGGUGGUGUAAUCAAGCAAAUGGCUUCUGAAAGCGGGGCCGAAAUAAGGAUUCUUCCUAGGGAUAAACUUCCUGCAUGUGCAUCUUCUUGUGACGAAUUGGUUCAGAUUUCUGGAGAAGUGAGUGCAGUUAGGAAAGCGCUUGAAUCUGUUUCACAGCAGCUUCUGGAUCAUCCAGCUUCACAUCGGGACAAGAGUGGUUCUUUGCCUGCCAACAAUGUGAUUGUGAACAAUAGCAAUAAUAUUUGUGAGCAAGACCCACAUCCACAUCCACAUCCACAUCCACAUCAUCAUCCAAAUGGACGAGCAGGGCAUCGUGAGGGAGGGCGUUUUGGUCCUUUCACAGACAUGCUAACCUACCGUUUGAUAUGCCCUGAUGAGAAGGUGGGAGGUGUAAUUGGAAAAGGAGGGGCUACCGUGAAGGCACUUAAGCAUGAGACUGGAUGUGACAUUAAAGUCCUUGAGAGAAGUGUUGGGUCAGAUGACCGCAUCAUUGUCAUAUCUGGACCAGCGGUCCCAGAUGAGCGCAUAUGUGCUCCCCAAGAUGCAGUUCUUCGUGUACAGACAAGGAUAUUUAGGGCUGCACCUGAGACAAAGGCAGUGACAGCAAAAGUCAUAGUGUCUGCACAUCAGAUUGGAUGUAUCCUUGGAAAGGGUGGUGCAGUUAUAUCUGAAAUGAGAAACUCAACUGGGGCUUUUAUUCGUAUUUUAGGAAAGGAUCAAACUCCACAGUAUGCUGCUGAAAAUGAAGAAGUAGUUCAGAUAAAUGGUGAGUUUGAUGCAGUUCAGGAGGCCCUUUUUCAAAUAACCACAGCCUUGCGGAAUCAUUACUUUCGGGAUGCAUUUCCCUCCAUGAAUCAUCCUCCAAAUCCACCCUUUCCAUCAUCAUACAUGGGAAUGGGAAGGUACUCCUCCUCUUUCAACCGCUUUGAUGAUCGUCCUCCCCCUCCAUUUAUGCAUGAUCGACCAGGGUUCUCCCACCCCCACCAACCAUGGGCUCCUCAGGGUAUUGAAGGUGGAGCUAUUGGGUUUUCUGAAUAUGGAGGAGCGGGAGCCCCCCAAAGGAGAAUGGGUGGAUUUGGAGGAGGAAGCCACCAAGCUAUUAUUACAAACACUACUGUGGAAGUGAUUGUCCCACGCAAUGUUGUUCCUUGUAUAUAUGGAGAGGAUGGUGGAUGUCUGAAACAAAUCCGUGAGAUUUCUGAUGCGCGGAUUACAAUAACCGAUCCAAAACCCGGAGAAAAAGAGACUCUCAUCAUAAUAUCCGGUACACCCGAGCAGGCUCAUGCCGCACAGAGUCUUAUUCAAGCUUUUGUGAUUAGCGAGACCCAAGUUUCAGUUUCUUGACCAUUGUUUUUUUCUUCAUAUUUCACUACCCACCAAGGUUUGAAAUUCAGUUUUGUUUGUCAUUUUGUAUUUAUCAACUUCUCAAACUUUUCAUACCUUACUAAUUUAUAUUUUCUUAAUUAUUAUUAUUAUUAUUUUGGCAUCACAAAUUUAAACUUA